AUGAAGACCCACAACCGCACCUUCAUCAUCAGCGGCGGCGUCUCUGGCCUCGGCCUGGCAACCGCCCGCGCCCUGCACUCGCUCGGCGCCUACGUCUCGCUGCUCGACCUCAACGGCGACAGCGGCGCCAACAUCGUCUCGGAGCUGGGUGCGCGUGCCAGAUUCUUCGAGACAGACGUGACGUCCACCUCGGCCAUCGCCGACGCCAUCACCGGCACCGUAGCCUGGAUCAAAGAGACCAACGCGCCCAUGGGAGGCGUCAUCGCAGGCGCCGGCGUUGGUCUGCCGGGCCUGAUCAUCGAUAAGAAGAACGAGCCGCUGAGCAUCGAGAGCAUCGACUUUGUGCUCAACAUCAACCUGCGCGGCACCCUGGAUCUGAUCCGCCAAGCGCUGCCGCACAUGACGGUCAACACGCCAGAUGGCGCCGACGGCGAGCGGGGCGUCAUCGUCAUGAUUGCCUCGUCGGCCGCCUUCGACGGCCAGAUGGGCCAGGUGGCGUAUGCGGCCAGUAAAGGCGCCGUCGCCAGCCUCACGCUCCCGCUGGCGAGAGACCUGAGCAGGUACGGCAUCCGCGCUGUAACCAUCGCACCGAGCAUGUUCGAUAGCGCCAUGACCAAGAGGAUGAGCCCAAAGGUCAGGAAGAGUCUGGAGACCACCAUGGAGUUCCCCAAGCGCGCAGGGUUGCCUGGAGAGUUUGCGCGCUUGGUCGUCGAGGCGGUCGGGAACGAGAUGUUGAACGGGACUGUGCUGAGGCUAGACGGCGCCAUGAGGAUGCCGGCAAGGCUGUAG